UCUACAGUUGUUGUGGCUUGUUGUUUUGACUGCAGCCCUUUACCUCUCCGUUUCAUAACUUAUAAUUAUCUCACUUGCCCAUCCAUAUUCAGGCUCUGUGCAUGUAAAUACAGGCGGGCAUUGGUCGGGGUCUUUCCCAACAGGAUGCUUGCUUCAUUCACAUGCUUCUCAACAAGGAGGCUCAGAGCAUCAGAGAUCCUGACUGACUAACAUGAGGAGGGGUGAUAUCUGCAGGAGCUGCACUUUCUUUUUGUUUUUACCAAAGAGAUGUUAGGCAUGUCUCUGUAUGACACUAGAACACAUUUUUAUAUGUCAUGCUGAGAUCUCAGCAUGUUCCCGGUGUGAGUUCAGAGUGUAAAAAUAUCUCAAACAAACUGAGGAAGCUGCUUUGCAGACAGCCAACUGACAGGAAGGAAGGAGCAACUACUGCACAGCGACUUGACGAAAACUACUUGCCACUGUUAUCUUCAAUUCCUCUUCAAAAGCUUUAACACCUUUCGUUCUCGAGGUUCGGUGGAAAUUUACAUUAUAUCCUGGCAAAAAGGGGGAACUGGAGCUUAACAGCAACCCCCUCCCCUCUCUUCCUCCAGCAUACAAUAUCCUCUUUUGGACCCAACCAGGCUACGUUUUUUUUUUUUUUUUUAUGCUAUCUCUUUGGUUUUAGUGUGGCACACACACACACACACACACACACACGGACACACACACGCACACACAGUGGGGAUGACUGUCUGGACAGAUGGUGCUCAGUGUGUGGACUAGAAGCUGAGACAAGGCAGAGAGGUACAGACUCCUCGUCCAGCAUGGGAUGCUGCAGUGUGACCCAGAGGCAUACUGGAGUGGACGAGGUGGGUCCUGAUGAGAUCGAGCUCCUGGAACUUUCUGGAGACAAUUUAGGGGUGUGGAGUCUAGGAGAAACCCGGCUUCAGCUGUCAGUGAGAAACAGCAGAGAUGAGCAGCCACCACCACCAGCACGUUACCCUUCAAUACAACACCUGGAACAAGAGAUGGUGCUGUGGGGCAGGAGCCGAGACGAGCUGCACCACAGGAUUUUCUCCCAGCAGCCAAUCAGGGACUGGGAGGGCCAACCUCCCAACAUGUAUGGAGAGAUUGUGCACUCCUCCCUGGUGUCUCUCUACAACACUUACACACAGGGAACCAGAGAACACUUCCUGGUGUUGUUCUCUUUCCACCUGCUGAUCCUCUCCCUGGACCACUCUCGACAAGACUUCAUUUAUGAGGGUAUCCUUCCUAUUUCUGGACUUUCUUUGCAAGCCAUCUCCCUGGAACCUGACACGUCACAGACACCACACAUGUUUGAGAUCAGCAGUCCAAUGAUGGACUCCAAGGUCUUCAUAUGUGCCAGUGCAGCAGAGUUACACAAAUGGAUACAACACAUAGAAGACAGGAAAUACAAGUCAAUGGAACAACCCAUGAGUCCUUCCCACUGCGCUCUGUCCUAUCUAAUACCGUGUAAUGAGCACUGGAAAAGAGAAGAACUGAAAAAUUACUUACUACAAGCUCCAAUCUUGCAGUGGGAGGGCUCGCCGAUACAGCACAUGGGCCAGCCGGGAUGCAUAUCUAUUGUCCAUAUCAUUAACAAACAGAGAGCGGGACUUCAAGAAAGACUAAUGGUUCUCUUCCCUCAAGAUGUCCUGCUACUUUCAGUUGACAACAAGCGUCUGAAUAUAAAAUAUGAGGGCAGGUUGCCCCGACACAGCAUCAAAGCAGUGGAGAGGUCAGCCUUGCCUGGGCGGCUGGAGUUUGAACUAAUAGGUGAGCUGAUGGAGCCCCUGCUGAUCUCUUGUACCUGUCAGGAGGAUUAUUGGAACUGGAUCUUUCAAUUGCAACAGAUUUUCUGUUUGAUCUGCAGCUGGACAGAAACAGCCACGUUACCGUGAGUCACCCUCCACCUCCAAUCAUGCCAAAGCUGCAGAGGAGCAGGAAACAGUCCCAGGAGCCGAUGAUAACAAGUGACCAAUGUCACAUCAACGGACGCAGCUGACUCAACAGAAAAAGCUUGAAAAUUCACUGUAAUUAUGAAUCUAAAAUGAUGUGUAGAUGGUAUGUACAUGUUACUUUCAUGUCCAACUGUGCCACAAAAUUGAGAUACAGCAGUGAAAAGUUUGUGUUGAAGCGGUUUCACCCUGAUCUUUAUAUAUCUGGGUGAUUUUAUUACUCUGAGGGACUGAGAUGAUACUAAUAGUUCUCUUUCAUGUGGCGACAAACUGAAACAAGGUCAUAACCCAGUUUAAGUCUACACCACAGCUGAGGAAAUGUUAGACGUAGAGUCCGUAGAGCUGUAAAGGUUAGUAAAGAAAACAGAAGUGAAGAAAGUGUACAUAUUUAGCUCUGAGGAUUUCACCAUGAAAUACACAAUGUUUGACUUUUUCACAAUAAACUGUUUAAAACUC